GUCAAAAUUAGGGUUUCGAAGUGACAAGGGGAGUUUCGAUGGAGAUUGAAUCGGACGACGAUGAAACGGUGAUGUACUAUGGAAGGAGAUGCCGCAGGGUCAAAGACCGCUACGAUCCCGAAUAUAUUCGACAGAGACAGCAAUUUUACUUUGAAUUUAAUCGGGGCGAGGGUUUUGAGAUAGACUGGGACCAGUUUGAUUACCCGUUUGCUGAAUUCAACGUUGCUGGGUCCACGCGCCUUGAAGUGAGUACCGAUAAUGAUGAACUACUCCACGAGUUGACAUUACAUCGAUUCAUGUUAGGAAAGACAUAUAAGGCAACCCGUUUCAUUUUUACAUGGAAAAAACCCGUGAUUCUGAAACAGGGAUCCAUGAUUAUGAAACGGGAAAGCACCUGA